CGCUUACACACAGACCCUGAGCACCGAGUCUCACAGGACAACAAGCCCCACCUUCCGAAUCAGUCAAUCAUCUGCCCCCUUACCCUUUCCACUCCAGUCCUGAUUAAGGGUCUGUUUACACCUAUCCAGAGAUGCUGCCUGACCUGCUGAGUUCCUUCCAGCAUUCUGUGUGUUGCCAUGGUUACGAAAGUUCCGUGUGCGGCGGUGGGCGGCGCUAUUUCUAAGAAACGGCCCACAGUACCCACACUGUCAGAAUCUUCUUGGGCAAUUAAGGGUAACACCAGAAGGCGGCGCUGUCCUGCACCGGGAUCAGAGUGUAGACAAGACGACGACAAUCAACAACCGUCAGUCAGAAUCAGAAUGGCUACAGGUGGGAAAUUAAAUCGGGUACAGAAAGUACUCAAGUGGUUUUUACCAGGCAGCUCAUCGAGGGAAGAUGAUCGGGAUACGGGAAGCAAGGUUCCAAAGCAGGGUCAGAUUGAGAGCAAUGUCCCAAUGGAAUGCGGUCCGGCCGCAGAAGAGGAGAAGCAAAUUCAGCCCAGAGACAGUGACGUCAGAGACACUGAGCAGGACCCUGGAACCGGCACAAGUGAGGCGACUGCCUGUCAGCUCGGAAACUCAUUAAACACGGAAUUGUCGAGUGCCCAACAGGGAGUGGAGUUUACAAUCUCCGACCUCCUGGCAGAGGGGGGCGAGUAUCGACUGUACCAACUGACCAAGUUCUACAGGGACAGACUCAAACAUGCAAUUGAAGAGAAAGUUGAAAGACUCAGUUGGAUGUUGACAAAGGAAGGACAUUUCAGUAGAGAAGAAAAUGAGAAAGUCACUGAACUGACGGAGAAGGGAAACCGGACAGAGAGUUCCAGACUCUUCCUCAGUUUGGUGAAUGGCAAAGGCUCCCGGGCCCGACAGGCGAUGUGGGAAUCCUUUGUGAUGUGGAGGACUGAGUUACCGAAGCUGGACAGGAUACUGAGGGAGAUACAGGAGCUUGGUCCUGACCCAGAGGAAUACAUGAACAUCGCACAAGGGUUGUCUGAGUUACCCACUGAACUGACAGAUGUUCAACAGAAACACAAGGAGACUCUGCGGGCACAAACUGAAACACUGAGAGUGAACACGAUCCUGAUGACGGAGAAGGUGAAGGUUUUCCAGCUGAUUGAUCGAUACACAAAGCUCACGGUCAUUUCUACUCUUCGAGAUCGGAGAUUGGUGGAACAUGAGCUGCUGGCAAGAGGCAGAGACCACGAGGAGUGGAGAGAGGAACAUCUCCGCAGAGAGCUGGAAAAAAUCCGGACUGAUCAGUUGUUCCAGAGCAGCUUUUCCCGGAGUAAAUCCAAAUCUGGGAGUUCGGCAGCAGUGGCCGGAGUCCCAGGGAUCGGGAAAACCACAAUGGUACAAAAGAUUGUUUAUGAUUGGGCCACGGGAAAAAUUUACCAACAGUUCCAGUUCGUCUUCAGUUUCAAGUUCCGAGAUUUAAACACGAUCAAUUGUACAAUCAAUCUCUCGAACCUGGUGCUGUGUUUCUAUCCUUACCUUGGGAAUGUCCUGAAAUCACUGUGGAAGAACCCAGAGGGAAUGCUGUUUAUAUUUGAUGGCUUGGAUGAAUUCAACGACACAAUUGAUUUUGCUGACAGCCGGAGAAACAUAGACCCUCAGGCCUCAUGCACAGAUCCUGAAUUCCGGUGCAAGGUGUCUGACAUUGUGUACAGUUUAAUCCAGGGCAAGCUGCUCCCAGGGUGUUCAGUGCUGGUGACCACACGCCCCUCUGUGUUACAUUUAUUGGAAAAAGCGAAGAUCGGUGUCCGGGCUGAAAUCCUGGGAUUUGUUGGUGAGGAACGGAAGGAAUAUUUCAUCAAACAUUUUGAAGAUCAGAUGGUGGCAGCAGCUCUUUUCAAACACGUGCAGGAGAAUGAGAUCCUGUACACUAUGAGCUACAACCCCUCCUACUGCUGGAUCCUCGCUCUGGCACUGGGCCCCUUCUUCACACAAAGAGUCAGGGACCCGCAGAGAGUUCCCAAGACCAUCACCCAACUGUACUCCUACUAUAUUUACAAUAUCCUGAAAAACCACGGCCGUGAGAUUGAGAGACCCCGUGAUGUGUUUCUCAGGGUGGGUCAGAUGGCCUACAGAGGAGUGUCCGAGAAGAAGAUUGUGUUUGCAGACGGAGAUUUGAUCAAUUUCAAUCUGCAGCCUUCCCAGUUCCUGUCCGGGUUCCUGAUGGAGCUUUUGGAGAGAGAGGAUUCUGCCCACAGCGUGGUGUACACAUUCCCACACCUCACCAUCCAAGAGUUUGUAGCUGCAGUCGCACAAUUCCUGACUGUACAUCCUGAGGAUAUCCUGAAAUUCCUCACUGAAGCCCACAAGACACAAGAUGGGCGAUUUGAGGUCUUUCUCCGAUUUGUUGCUGGUCUCUCCAACCCAAUGUCAGCUCGGGGCCUGGAGGAGUUUCUGGGUCCAUUUCCUCAUCAAACAACCUGCCGGGUGAUUGACUGGGUGAAGGAGGAGGUUAAAGGCCAGAGUGGAAACACGGGUGACAUUGGGAGAAGGAGACUCCUGAACACAUUGCACUACCUGUUUGAGUCUCAGAAUCGUGGACUGGCUCAGGCCGCACUGGGAUCUCUGAAAACACUUUCAUUCAGUGGAAUGACAGUGACCCCGGUUGACUGCACGGUCCUGUCUCAUGCCAUCGGACUCUGUGAUACUAUAAAACACCUCGACCUGCAGCGUUGCCACAUUCAGUGUGAAGGAAUCCAGCGGCUGGGACCCGGGCUGAACAAGUGCCAGGAGUUGAGGUAACUUGGUUUAUCUCUCACUCAGAACUCUAAAACUGUUCCAUUGUGCUGUUUCCAAGUGAACGGAUUUGGGUAAAACUGCAGUAAAUCAGAUUGAGAUGUAUUGUGACAAAUGCCACCCCCUUCAUCCUGUGCGAUCACUCUUCCCCAUCCCGAUUAUUCCUGUUGGAUUUCUCUUAGCCAUUACCCUUCCUCUAGUCAGAUUUCUCUUCCACACACCCGUUCCUGCUGUGGGAUCUCUCUUCCCUAUCCACUUCGUCCUGUCGGAUCACUUUCCUCAUCCCCCUUACUGUGGGAUCUCUCUUCCCCAUUCCCAUUCUCCUGUGGGAUCUCUCAUCCCCGUCACUCUUCUUAAU